AGUCUUUUGUUUGGUUUCGAAUUCACAACGUGCGUGUGUUUGCCACUGCUUGGGGUGCUUCAAUGCAUUUUUAGUUAUAGGAACGCGAUAAGAAACUCUUCACCUUGGGCUAUGUGGAAACUCGUUGCAGUACUCCAAGCAGGGGCCGUCCGUCGCCCCUCAACUCUCUUCAAACCGCAUCUAUAUGUCCCCAAAACCAGUGGUCCGACCCUUCUACCUCCCUUUCCACCAAAAACACGCAAAAGCAAGCAUCCCAAUCCUCCACCCUCCACCCUCCCCAUCCCCGUCGCAUUCUCUCCCGCGCCGAAAUCCACCCCAGCAGAUCCCCCUCUCGAGAACGAAGCGAGAGCCUCAGCCUCACUCGACGCGCACCCAUCCACGGCACCUGCCGCCAGUAACUGCGUCAGGACCCCUCGACUAUUCUCACAGUUACAUACAGGCUGCGCUACGUAUUGCAACAAGCCCCAUGCCCAUGUCCGCAACCCCGACCAACCCCAGUGACCCGGGCCCCCUCCCGAGUCAGUCAACGCCCAACUGCCGAGGCCGGGGCGGGGGGGGAGGGGGAGGGCAGCUUAGUGCCGGCAAUUACAAUAGGGCUUGUUGGUUUGCUUCACGCAGCCCUUUGCAUGCACACGCUAGCGGAGGAUGUUUGCAAAGGCGGUGUUUUCUACGCGAACACGUGGGGGGUCUGGUGAUGAUUGAUAUUGGGGCG